AUGGAUCAGUUCGACGAUCUGAUCCGUACUCAGGAACUUCUUUCGGCCGCCUGCGUCAAGCGGUCCUCCAGUCCUCCGUUACCCGCCGUCACUGCCGAGAAGAAACAUCUUUGCACCAUCUGCGGCCAGGGGUUUUAUCGUGCCGAACACCUGAGACGCCAUCAAACACGACAUACUGGCGCGAGGCCCUUCUCGUGCACAUUUUGCGGCCGAGAUUUUUCCCGCAAAGAUCGCCUCCAGACUCAUUACCACAUUUGCCAAUGGCGGGGAGAUCGCGAACCUCCCAGUUCGGUCCCCAAGGGUCGGCGGCCACACGCCUGUUCCCAGUGCGUAAAUUCGAAAAUACGGUGCGACGGCGGCAAUCCUUGCGCUCAGUGUCAGAAAAAGCAAGUUACGUGUCGCCAAAAGGCCUCGCCGAAGGAGAAUUCUCCGUCGACAGGGGAUGCUUCUACCCCGGACUCCGUCACUGUCACCGUCGCCGCCGAUGACAGGGUGUCGAUUAAAGCGUUAUUGAACGGUGGGACUGAUACCUUCACAAGGACGUACAAUCUUCCACCAUGCGACGACCGAAUGCAGAGUAUGCAAUUCCACCAGGAACAAAGCGAAUCAGGAGAGGCAAGCGAGGCCAACGACGUGAAGAUCGGCGAUCCAAGUCCGAACUCGAUCGACUACUCGGGCAUCUUUGAGUCUUUCAUGGAUACGAACGAGCAAUAUUUGGAUUUCUGGAAUGGCCCAUUUGGCCUCGUGUCCUCGCCAAAUUAUGCCGACAUGCAAUUGGACUUUUACGAUCCGUCCAUUGCCCCGGGUGACAUGCGCAUUGGGCCAACUCCGUCGGAUUCUGCAUCGAACCCCCCGGAUCACGCUCAAUACAUCUCUGCGGUCAACAUGGCCAUCUACAACAAGCUCUGGUGUCUGGCGCUUGACGACAAGAUCCGACAGGAACUGACCGCGUGUCUCAACUUCCUCUUGACCCCGGAGAGGAUCCCGAAGCUCAUAUCCCUGUACUUUCGCAACUGGCACCUCAAUUGCCCAAUGCUGCACAAACCAUCCUUUGACCCUACCAAGGUUCCCACGUCGCUGGUGAUCAGUGUCAUUUUCGUGGGAGCCAUGUAUUCCAAGGAUCAAUCGGAGAGAUUGGCGGCGAAGAAACUGGUCGACAUUGCAGAGCUGGUGGUUUUUGAGUCGGAGAUUUUCUCGUUCGAAUCCGAGAUCAUCAAAUUCAUACAGGAUUCUGCUUCAACACCGGCACCGCUUGAAGCGGUCGAGACUAUCUCAGAUCCCGAAUGGUACCGCUUUCAAGAAGUCCAGGCAGGAUUCCUCAUGGUUAUUGCCCAGUACUGGUCCGGCGCGCGAGUACCGAAACGUCGGGCCUUGGAGACCCGAUUGGGAGAGGUUAUCAAGGUUCUACGGAAGUACAACUACCUCCAUGCGCGUCACCAGCCAUCAGAUCGGAUAUCGGAGAAUGCGUGGCUGCAGAAGGAGUCUCGAAUUCGCACGGUCGCCAGUAUUGGUUUGCUUGACUGUGCGGGUCGGAUCUACACUAAUUUUCCCUGUCGUCUGUCUCCGGUCGAAUUUGAUACGGAUCUACCUUGCAAGGAAGCCAUCUUCAGCUCGCGCCAUCCGUUCAUGCAAAGUGAUUCCAUAUUCGCUCCUCGACAGACUAUAGCUGAAGCCUUUUCGUCACUCUUCGAAGGGAAGGCGAAGACUUCAUCUGCUGGUCUAUCGUCGUCUAUGGCUCUUGUCAACUCCAAUUUUGCCGAGACUCCCAGCCAGAAUAUGGACACUGACAGCAAUGGAGAUUUUACGCCGUUUGAUCUGUUCAUAUUGAUUCAUUUACUCUACACGCACAUACAUUCUUGUAUUGUCACCCUAUCACAUGACCUGCCUUUCAAGACCACGAAUCGAUCAAUCAGUGCCUCGAAAUGGGGGCCGAUGUUUGAGAAUCUCAAGACGGCACUGGAAAGAUGGCGACAGCUGUGGCAGGCUGUGCGAUCGCAUGCUACGGAGGAGUCUCUCAAGUCUGCUGGCAUGUACAGAAAUUCAUUCCACUUUUGGAUGAUCUGCCAGUUGAUUUUGAGCAAAGAGGAGGCCGUCGAGGUGAUCACACGUAUGGAGGUCAACUGCGAUGAUGCCCUGGGAAAGCUCAAAGUUUUGUUCCAGAACGAGAAUGAUUGA